AUGACGGACGUUGCAGUGACACAGCACAUGGGCGAGCUCUCUCUCGAUGCACAUUCCAACCAAUCUUCUGUCCACAAUCUUCCACUGCAUUCUGUAAUUGAGGACAACAAAAGCAACAGUUCCAAAAUCAUCCGUAGGAAGCUCAAUGGAUACGUUGGCUUUGCAAACUUGCCUAAACAAUGGCAUAGAAAGUCGAUCAGAAGGGGCUUCAAUUUCAACCUCAUGGUUGUUGGUGAGAAAGGUCUUGGUAAAUCGACACUUGUUAAUACCCUAUUCAACAGGGAUUUAUAUGACUUGAAUAAUUCAAAAGCUUACCAAAUCGACCUGGACAAUACUGAGGACCAAAUCAAAAUUGAAACUCUCAAUACUGAAAUCGAGGAAAACAACGUUAAAUUGAAUUUACAAGUGAUUGAUUGUACUGGAUUUGGAGAUUCUAUUGAUCAUACAAACUCCGUCAAACCAAUUAUUGAUGAAAUCGAUUCGAGGUUUGACUCAUAUUUGGAAAUGGAGACCAAAAUCAAUAGAUCAUCUUUAGCUAUUAAAGAUAAUAGAAUCCAUGCUUUGUUGUAUUUUAUCGAACCAACUGGACAUUGCUUGAAACCUUUAGAUAUUAAUUUUAUGAAACAAGUCCAUGAAAAGGUCAAUUUGAUUCCAAUCAUUGCCAAAUCGGAUAUUCUAACCGAUUUGGAAGUUGAAGAUUUCAAACAAAAGAUUGUUCAAGAUCUUCAAAAUCAAAAUAUCAAAUUCUUCAGCCCAAAAAUUUAUGAAAAUGAUGAUCAAGAAACUAGAUUGACUAAUAAUGAAAUUAUUUCCAAGAUCCCGUAUGCCAUUGUUGGCUCGAACCAGUUGAUCAAAUUGAAUGAUGGUAGACUGGUUAGAGGUAGAAGUUAUCCUUGGGGGAUUGUUGAGGUUGACAAUGAGUUACAUUGUGAUUUUGUAAAAUUGAGACAAUUACUAAUUAGAAAUUCUAUGGAAGAACUGAAAGAAAUAACCAAUAAGAAAUUAUAUGAAAAUUAUAGACUUGAGAAAUUAUCUAAAAUGGGUAUUAAACAAGACGAUUCAGUUUUCAAAGAAUUCGACCCAGUCUUAAAACAAGAAGAAGAAAAGAGGUUGCAUGAGGCAAAAUUGUUAAACUUGGAAAAACAAAUGAAGGAGAUCUUCCAGCAAAAAGUUAGCAGGGAGGAGAAAAAGCUACAAGAAACUGAAGCUGAUUUGUUCAGCAAACAUAAAGAAAUGAGAGACAAGUUGCUAAAACAAAUAAAAAUGUUAGAAGAUAAAAAGAAAGAAUUGGAGGCAAGUGCUAACUUUGUUGACCAUUCUUCACAGCAGCAUCAAAUUCAGCAACAGAUUCAACAACAACAACAACAACAACAACCAACGAAAACUAAGAAAGGGUUCUUACGUGGCUAG